GACGAGACGCUGGUGAGAGGCAGGGAGAAGGAAAGAAGGCUCUCAAACUAGAGCGGUAAACGGCAGAUUUUAUCACUAAAUGUCAUUAUUUUGUAUCUAAAGAAGGGACGUAAACUUAGCACAAUGUCGAAGAAUACAGUGUCUAAUCGAUUCAGGACAGUAGACGUUGACGAAUACGACGAGAACAAAUUUGUUGACGAGGAGGAUGGAGGUGAAAAUCAGCUGGGUCCUGACGAGGCAGAAGUGGACUCGCUAAUCAGACAAGGGAACCUGAUGGAGGCCUUGCAGGCAGUCCUGAAGAACCCACCAAUCAACACCAAGAACCAGAACGUCAAGGACUGUGCCGAGGGCCUUGUGUUGAAGGUGCUGAGUGCCUUUAAGAGCAGUGACGUAGAGAAGGGGGUCCAGUCUCUGGAUAAGAACGGAGUGGACCUGCUCAUGAAGUACAUCUACAAAGGCUUUGAGACGCCAUCGGAUAACAGCAGUGCCGUCCUGCUGCUGUGGCAUGAAAAGGCUCUAGCUGCAGGUGGCCUGGGAUGCAUCGUUAGAGUACUAACGGCCAGGAAGACUGUCUAACUAACAGAGGAGGAGAGGAGCCAUGUUCUUCACAGCGACCGUCUGGUGCACAUUACAACACAAGGAUGAUAUCCAGUAGAUCACAGCGUGUCACAGAGGAGAUCCCUCCUAUCUGUCUCUGCUUCUUUUCAGAUAUCACUUCCCUAUGUCUCCCUACUCAGACACACACACACUGAUACAGCUGGUUCACACAUUCACCCAAACACAUAACACAUGCCAAGUUGGAAUCGUUUUUAGUAUUUUUACUCCAUUCCUUUCCUUCCCUAGACCCUCAAACACACACCAACACAAUGCUACAGAGCUCUCUAUUCCUUUCCUUCCCUAGACCCUCAAACACACACCAACACAAUGCUACAGAGCUCUCUAUUCCUUUCCUUCCCUAGACCCUCAAACACACACCAACACAAUGCACAGAACUCUUCUUAGGUAUGGCUUUGUUUCUCUCAGGAAAAAUCUAUUUUAUAACAGUCAGCUCAUUUGUCUACCCUGCUAUUCUUUUUUUAAAUUAAAGCUCUGAUAGGCUGGUGUCUUUGUUAAAAAGCUGAUCAGAAAAUUCCUGAUGGAACAAAAUCUUAUAAUUCCACAGAAAAUCCCUAAUUUGCCCUUCUGUAACCCGUGGGGGCAGAGGGAGGGAGGCUCCUGAAAAGCACAGCCACAGAUGGAGCGGGGUGGAUUUGCGGGUGGGGGAAGUUUUCGCCAGCAGGGGUGGUCCAGCCAUCCUGCCUGCCCUAGUUAGGGAUUAAUACCCACGAUGUAUUAUGGCCCCCCUUUACUACUAGCACCACUGUUAUUAAUCCUAGACUGUGUUCCUGUAAAAACACUACCUUAGCUAAUGUAAAGGGCAUGCAGUCUAAGUGGUGUCCUAGUAUGGGUUUAGUGAGAUCUAUGCCUAUUCCACAGUGUUCUCUCACUCACUGAAUCAUGUACAGGGAAUUAUCAUGUCAGACUCUGUUGUAAUAUUGUUUAGUAAGGGAUGCAUUUGUAGUGAAUCCAGGACGUAAGAAUAGUUUCACUAAGGACUAGGGUUGCAAACUUUCAAUACAUUUCCUGGUUUUCCAGAAAUCGUGUUUGUAGGAUUCCGGAUUUAUUCCCUCUUGAUUCCGGGAAUCGGCCAAUCGGUAAAACUAGGGAAUAUAUUUAAAGGGUCCGGAAUCUUCCAACCCUAUAUCUAUGAUUAUUAGUAUUUUGACUAACAGAGAAUUUGCCUUGGUUGUAUUCUGUCUCUGUCUCUGUUGGGUCACAUUCCCUCACCAGUAUAUUUUGUAUGCCAUCACUGCUAGUCAAUCAUGGUGUCUCUUUCUUGACGUAUUUUUUUAUUUAACUAGGCAAGUCAGUUAAACAAAUUCUUAUUUACAAUGACGGUCUUCCGGGGAACAGUGGGUUAACUGCCUUGUUCAGGGGCAGAACGACAGAUUUAUACCUUGUCAGCUCGGGGAUUCGAUCCAGCAACCUUUCGGUUACUGGCCCAACGCUCUAACCGCUACCUGCCACCCCCACAUUUAACCUGUGUUUGUUAAAGGAUCAUGGUUUUUCUAUUGUGAUUUGUAAAUGGCACUUUGGGUCUCUUCCUGAUAAUUGAUCCGUAUUUUAAAAAGCCAUCAGUGGACAAAACAUUAAGAACACCUUCUUAAUAUUGAGUUGCACCCUCAGAACAGCCUCAAUUCGUCAGGUCAGGGACUCUACAAGGUGUUGAAAGCGUUCCACAGGGAUGCUGGCCAAUGUUGUCUACAAUGCUUCCCACAGUUGUCAAGUUGGCUGGAUGUGCUUUGGGUGGUGGACCAUUCUUUAUACACGGGAAACUGUUGCGUGUGAGCAACUCAGCAGCGUUGCAGUUCCUGAUACAAACCGGUGCGCCUGGCACCUACUAUCAUAACCCGUUAAAAUGCAUUUACUAUUUUGUCUUGCUCAUUCACCCUCUGAAUGGCACACAUACACAGUCCGUGUCUCAGUUGUCUCAAGGCUUAAAAAUCCUUCUUUAACCUGGCUCCUCCCCUUCAUCUACACUGAUGAGUGAAGUUGAUUUAACAAGUGACAUCAAUAAGGGAUCAUAGCUUUCACCUGGAUUCACCUGGUCAGUCUGUCAUGGAAAGAGCAGGUGUUCAUAAUGUUUUGUACCCUCUGUGCGCUUACAUUUAUUUUGUAUGAGACCAAGUAUUUGAAAUAUGAACCCAGGAAAUGUGUUUGGUUGAAAUACUAGCAUGCAUUAGGUAGGACAGUAUUUUGUGGUGCACAACCAAACACUUUCCCUGGCUUUUGUGUCAUUCAUUGUGGGACCCUGAACUCUGUCUGCUUUAUCUGCCUUUACUGGUAGAUCACAUUUUUUGCCAAAAUAGCUGAUUGAUUUUGUGAAACUGCUACUUACAUCCAUGUUGUGAGCCCUUGGCAGGGGAUUAGAUUGCUCCGUUCAGUUGACAUGGGUUAUCAGGACUUGCAGAUAAUGGUGAAAUAUGUACUGUAUCAUGUUUUUCAUGAUUGAUGACAUAAAUUAGCCCUGUCUUUAAUAUAUUGAGAUGAAAUUAUGGCUUUUGAUCAUUCUCGCUCUAAAAAAAAACCUUGCUACAGUUUCAUGGACUAAAACAGUGUAAUUGAUGAGAAGUAAAAAUUGUCCAUAUGAUUUUUUUUUUUAUGUUCUAAUUAUUUUUUCUAUUAUUUAUGUUCAAAUCAGUGUCUUCUGUUCAUUCCUCCCAAGCCCUUAUUGUUUGAGUCACAAAUGGCAGCCUAUUCCUUAUAACCCUGCACUACUUUUGAUCAUAGGCCUAUGGGCCCAGGGUGCCAUUUGUGAUGCAACCUGUCUCUGUAAUAAAUAAUUUAUGGGGAAACCACAUUUUGAUUAAUGAUGACCAUUUCUUUUUUAUAUAAUGUGUGGAUUUCUUCUUGUUUUAAUAAUCAUCAGUGGUAAUACAUUAGUAGCUGUUUUUAUAAUUAUGCAGUUGAAAUGUUACAAUGCUCAAUUGCAAAACAAUUCAAAGGAACAUAUCAAACUGGUGUACAAACUGCCUUACUCCAUAACAAUAUUCCUUUAUGUUUGUGAUUUAAAUAAUAUAAAAGUUCUGAAAACAGA